AGCCUCCAGCCCCUCAGCGGCGGGUUGUGUUCCCUCAGGCAGUGUUAAUUAGCGAGCGGCUGUAAGGGGCUGUAACUGUAGGAGUGCGAGCAAUUGUUGCCAGUUUUCUUUAGCCCUGCUCGAUAUUGCUGCUAGGUGGAAUUACCGCACUCCCCACAGCCCCCAGCUCCAGGCCCUGCUGCCUGCCUGUGUCUGGCCACCCUGCGCUGCCGGCUGCAGGUCUCUGUGUGAAACCUCAGCCUCCUGGACAGCAUUUAAGCACCUCAGCUACCAGGCCGAGGGAUGGAAGGAAGGACAUCGCUCUGAGGGUUAUUGCCAGCCCUGGUGGCUCUGACAGCACUGACAUUUACACAGGGAAAGAGUAAGCACCAGGAGGAGGUAGCUUAACGCAGCCGAGAUGUCAGCAGAAUUCUGCUCAUUAACGCCACGUUUGCAAAGCUUUGUCCCUUGCAGCUGUUUACCCACGUUUUUAAUCAUCUUACAAAAAAUAAUAAUAAUAAUAAUAAAAAUGCUUCUAAUUUUCAUCCCACGUGGUUAUGGUAAAGAACUUGAUGCCAUUUGGGCAGGACAAUUAAGGCUCUGGUGAAACAUUAGCCAUGCAACAGAUAUAGGAUUACUUUCUGCAGAAACAAGCACCACCGCAUGACAGGGUAAUGAAGCUGUUGUUUGCAACCAUUUCAGGAUGCUGUCGCAGCAAAACAUCUUUUUGGACUUGAUUUUUAACUGUACAGUUUAAUUUCUGGAGCUUUGAAAUACAAGAUGUAUUUUUAAAUACUUGCUAUUCAUUCAUGGAUUUCAGAAUGACAGGAAAAAUGGAAAAUGUGCCUAAUUACUGAAGAGAGGCCUUGGAGAUGAUUCCUUGAAACCACUAGGAUGCCUGGCUGUUUUAAAAAGACUUUAUUUGCCUUGGCUUCUACAAUAAGUUUUGCAUCUUUUAUCUUAAUUGCCGUCGCAGUGGGGACCCAAAGGUGGAUGACUGGAAAAAUGCUCUGCAAAACAGGAGCCGAUUUAGUCAACGCCACAGAUCCAGAGCUGGUCAAGUUCAUGGGAGAAAUUUACUAUGGCCUUUUUAGGGGCGGCAAGAUACGCCAGUGUGGGCUGGGAGGGCGUCGUUCCAAAUUCACAAUUUUCCCACAUAUGGUGAAAAAGCUGAAUACAGGCCUGCAUGUGAUGAUUAUAAUGUUCCUCUGCGUGGCUAUGGGCUUUUCUCUGGUCAGUUUUGGAUUCUGCAUUCUUAACGCAAUAAAAGUUCCUUACCGGGCUAUUAAGGGUCCAGCAGGACUAUGCCUUUGGAAUUUACUUGCAGGUGGAUUUAUAGCACUUGCAGUCACCGGCUUUAUGGCUGCUGUAAAACUUCAUCACCUCACAGAAAGAAUUGCCAAUUUUCGGGAAAACGUCUUUCAAUUUGUUAUCUUAGAAGAAAGGUUUGAAGACUGUUUUUGGCUUUGUGUGGCAAGUGCCACAGUGCAUGCAGUGAACUUGCUGCUAAUAGCCAUUAGUGGUAUUCAUUUCCCUAAAAUUAAGACUAAGACAGAAGAAGCAAAUGUUACAGCAGAAGAUAUCAUGUACUAAUAAAUCUACAUAAGACUACUUUGGUGAAUUGAACUAUCAUGACAGAAACAGUUUCUUUACUCAUCAGCUUUUGUUUUGGAUGGAGAAUUUUGGUAUAGAUGCGAGCAAAGAUGCCAAUUGUAAAAAUCUGCAGUACUUUUUUUAAGGUCAGUCUACAAAACCAGCAAUUAGCAUGUGUGGGAAAGUAGGAAAAACAAAUGCUACAGAUAUUAUUUUCAAAACUGACCUAUAGAAUUCACAGUUUUUAUAAAAUCUACAUUUGAGAUAUUUUAGAACACAGGUUAUAAUACAAUUUCACCUAAACCAAGUAUCUUUUUUGUUUA